UGCUGUUGUGGAGUGAUUGAAAGAGGCGGUGAAGGAGGAAGGCGCAAGAUACCGCCGGGCGUGCUUGGCAGCUUGGGAUUUCACCAAACCGUGGACUGGUUUGACUUGUCACGGGAUCCAUUAUAUGCACGAUGAUGGCCGAGCGCGUAGACAAUGUAUAUCGGACCACUGGUUCUCAGUGGCUGCUGCCUGUUACUGAAUAUUUGGGAUUUCCUCUCGCACUGGUGAACUUUCUGGCGUGUCAGCUAUUCGCUCUGUCGUUUGCCUUCUGGUUUCGUCUCUACCUCAGUCCUCGACGGAGCAGUCCCCUGGUGAGGCACACGGUGGCUGCUCUGCUUGGUGUCAUAUUCAUCAUUUUCUGCUUUGGAUGGUACUCCACUCACCUCCUGGCUGUGGUGCUUGCAAACUACCUUAUUAUCAUCCAAGCUGACAUCACAAAUGUACACAGGUAUUCUAUGGUGGUGGCGAUGGGAUACCUGACUGUGUGCCAAGUGAGCCGAGUCCUCAUCUUUAAAUAUGAAAUACUGUCCACUGACUUCUCCGGGCCACUGAUGAUAAUGACCCAGAAGAUUACCUCACUUGCAUUCCAGCUCCAUGACGGUAUGUGCAAGAAAGCUGACGAACUGACCGCAGAACAGAAGCUACUGGCAAUAUCUGUGAAACCUACUCUUGUCGAGUACCUGAGUUACAAUCUCAACUUCCUGAGCGUGUUGGUGGGUCCGUUCAAUAACUACAAGGACUACAUCAACUUCAUUGAGGGCACACACAUCAGCAGCAAGCUCGAGCAGCAAGGCGCCAGCAUGACGAACGGCAAGAAUGCCUACCACAAAUGUCCUGACCCGUCACCUCUGAACGCUGUCUGUCAAAAGUUAUCGGUGUGCUGUUUUUGCAUGCUCUUCUUCUUCAUCAUCACACGGUCGCUGCCAAUAACGUACAACGCCCACCCCCACUUUGUCAGCCACGCCCCUUUCAUCACCCGACUCACCUACGCAUUUUUUUCCAUUCAAGCUGCAAGACCCAAAUUCUACUUUGCUUGGACCCUCGGUGAUGUCAUCAACAACGCUGCCGGGUUUGGUUUCUCAGGAAUGGAUGAACAUGGAAAAGCUACCUGGAACCUCCUCAGUAACCUGAAUAUCAUGCGAGUUGAGACAGCAACCAGCUUCAAGACUUUCAUUGACAACUGGAACAUACAAACGGGAAAUUGGCUUAAAAUGGUGUGUUACAAUCGAGCGCCACGUCACCGUUUGGUCCUGACUUACAUCUUGUCUGCCCUGUGGCACGGCAUUUACCCAGGAUACUAUUUCACCUUCAUCACUGCCAUCCCGCUCACGCUGGCAGCACGAGCUGUACGAAAAUCCUUCCGUCACUACUUCUUGGGUUCCAGAAGUUUAAAGCUGGCUUACGACGUUUUGACGUGGGCUUCCACUCAGUUGGCCAUUUGCUACAUGGUCAUGCCCUUUCUACUGUUGGCAGUAGAACCCACCAUGGUCUACUACAGGUCCAUGUACUUCCACAUGCACAUCCUCAGCAUCUUAGCUGUGAUUGUCCUGCAUCCCAAAUUCAAGAGCAAAGUAAUUUCUGCCAUCACAAAGGCCACCACACACAUCUCGUUUUCCCAGUGUCUAUCUGUCCACUGUAACAACAAUGACAAAACGCACUGAAGGCCCCGAUUGGCUUCCAGGCAAACCAAAAAGAGGAAAGAACAGUAGUGUGCUAUUUAUUCUUUUAAGACAAUCUAGUCGUCAAGUUGACAUCAUGAGCCAAGAUUGUGUUGCCAGUGCAUCUGACAGAAGAUUGACUGGAGGCGCCUUGUCUCGGUGUGGGACUCUGGCCAGCACAGUGGGAGAGUGAAAACACGCGCACAUGCUAGACUCAAAUACCACACACGCACAAGCAAGACACUAGAGGACAAAUGUGCACAUUGUGGCUGUGAUGGCGCACAAAGCUGUUGUUGUGUGACUGGAGCUGCAUUACCUACUGUUACCAGACACUCCCCAGUGUGUGCGCGGGUUUGGAUGUAUGUGUGCAUGUCGCAAGUCAAACAAGUGAGCCUGUUCAAUAUAAAUUUAUCAUGAUGAUAAAAAAAAAAUAAUGGCGAUUGAUAUCCAAUAUCUUGAAGGUAAAGGUUUAUUUAAAGCAGUGGCUUGCAAUUGUUUUAUAUUAUUGUAAGACAUUAACUAAUUUGAGCAAUGACUGCAGUAAUAUUUAGAGCACAAACAACUUUAUUGGUUUAAUUGAAAUCUACUUAAAAGUUAAAUGGAAAUUAUAUCUAUAAAGAUUUUAAACACACUUCUUAAGAUUAAAUGCUAAUGUAUUAUAUUUAAAAACUAAGCACAUCUAACCCAUGCAAAAGUCAAUAGCAUACAAUUGAGUCGUGUUACACUAACGUGCUGAAAAAUGUAUUGCUUUACAGGUGAACAUUAAUUUGAGAGAAAAAAAAUCCAUUAUCACUAGGUCACCGGGUGUAUUGGGUAUUUUUUGGGUCACUGUUAGCUUUAUGUAUUGGUGUUCUAAUAGGAUGAAAAUAGGUGUUGUGUUUCUCCCAGGAAUUGACAACAUGUCUCCCCUGUGGCACGUUUGUUUUCAUAUUUGGCUCAGAGAAUGUAUUUUUUGUCAGAAGGUUUACGAUAAAACUGUUGUUCUCUUUUUAAGUAUGUUAAAAUUGACAUAUUUUAAGGCAAAUGUAUAAUUCUGGAGGCAUAAGUGCUGGUAAAAUGAUGAAUCUUGAAUCGACAAAUAUUGACACUGAUUUUAUGUAUGUGUUGUUAAACAGCAAAUAUUGCUCCUACUUAUAGACGUUGAGAAUUUUUUAAUGGAGGAAAAAAAAGAGUCAGUGUUGCUCCCAAACAUAUCGCCAUUUGACGUGAUUAUGCACCUAUGUUGGGUGGUUUUAGUCAAAAGAGAAAUGUCAGUGGACAGUAUGGCUGGAUUGUUAGAGAACGUAUUCAGUGUGAUUUUUAUCUUUUUUUGGUUUACACACGAUAUAAAACAUACUGUGAGUGAGUGAUUUUUUUUUCUAUUCUUUUUUUUAAACUGUACUGUACAUGUUUUUUUUAAUUGCGUGAAAUUUAACCAAUAAAGCUUCCUGACAACUUGAA